AUGAAUCGCUAUCGCAUCAGAGAAGCUGGUGAAGCUCAGUUUGAGCAGCGCUGGGGUGGUGCUGAUGCAGCCCUCGCUGGCAUGGAUGGAUUUCGUUGGUUCUGCCUGUUGCGACGCGUGCCGAGCACCCCUAAGUCAACUGGAGCGCUUUCUGUUGUGUACAAUUAUGAUGAUGAGCAAUUUGAAGACGACUACACCUACAUCACCCUGAGCGUGUGGGAUUCAAAGGUGCAAUUUGAAGCUGCCAGUUUGGCGCAGACUCCUAAGGACGCGGAUGCAGAAGGCAAGGCUACCUUCACAAAGAUGGCGAUCAACGGUGUGGCCACUGUGACAGGACCGCCGAAGUCAGCACUUUGGGACGGAAUGCUCUUGGAGAGCAAGGCCCCGGACAUUGCUGACUCAAAGGUUUUUGUUGUCAUGAACCGGUUCACCGUGAAGGAUGAUUGUGAAAAGGAAUUUGAGCAGCGAUGGGCCCAACGAGAGAGCAAGUUGCAGGAGGCUGAUGGCUUCAGGUUCUUCCAGUUGCUGAGGCGAGAUCAGACCCCAGAUGAUGAUGUAAACUACAUCAGCAUGAGUGCCUGGACAAGUCGGGAUGCUUUCGACAAGUGGUGGGGCAGCAAGAGCUUCGCGAAUAUGGCGCAGGUCCAAGGAAGCUUGUUGGAAAGCGCCACCUGGCGAAGUAUAGCUGUAGCCAAUGGCCGAGUCUUUGCCCACAGCACGGAAAGAAUUCUUUCCGAAGGGAAAAGGCCAAGCACUCCUUACUUAGUAGGACAAGUUGGGCAGUCCGCUGAACUGGAGGGGUGGACAUCCAAGACGCAGGGCUGUUCGCAGCCAGUUCAUCCGAGCACCUUUGCGGCGCCCACUUCCUCGUCCUGCUGGGUGCAUGUGCUCCGGGUUUAG